UUGCUUUUUUCUGCUGUUAAGGUGCAGCAUUCGACGACUACUCGCAUUUCGUCAGAAGUUACGCAGAACUUAUUUUUUGAAUCCAACAAGCAUUACGAUAUAUGGUCUUCUCCUGGCAGCAGCCACAACCAAAGCUGCUUCGCGCCUCCUGCCAACUUGUUGCCACGGCCGCAGCCUCAGUUCUUUGAGCCGACACUUCAGCAGCAGCCGCAUGUUGACCUGGUUGGGUCCCAGUCGGACGAUGCCUUAUUGAAACUGAAAGGAGCUAAGACUCUUAAGGAGUUGGAAACCGAACUCCUCCUGCAGCAAUCAAAUGCUUCUGAAACGCGUUCCGCCAACAGCUCCCGUAAAACUUUCUUUGAGCAAGCGGAGCGCGAACCGUUGCCCACAUCAAGUUCGAGUUUUCCUGCUUCGAGCAGAGUCCUCGGUGGCACUCCGAAACCGGCUACUGCAAAUAGAUCAGUUGGCCAGAGCUUCCAGGGCAGUCACUUUUCCGUGCCGCCGUUAGACAUGUAUGCCGUGCAGGCACCUCGAUUUCCUGGCGGCCAACAGUACCCUCCAAUUUGUAUGCCGCCGCUCCCGCCAUCGCUCGUACUUCCGAACUCUCGCAUGGCAACCAGUGGACGGAAUAUGUGGAUACCUGUAAUACCUCAGAAUGCACCUAGUGUUCAGUUCAAUCAUAAGUCGAUGCCAAACGUCAUGUUUCCUUCGCGGUUACGAUUGCUCCAUCCUGCGGCGAUUCGACAAGGGUUCGGUCCUCCAACUUCCGGCAUGGAUUGCGGCGCGAUCAGGGAUUUUCAGUCGAAGUAUGGUCAUAGAGCCGACUUCGCAUUCUUCUGUGACCCUCAAAAUUUCGCUGAGUUCAACCGGCUGUCGCGAAUGAGGUCGUUUGAUCCGUACGCCGAGCUGAUGACCCGGCGAGAGCGGUCUUGGCUGAUUCGCAUUUCCCUCGUCCAGCUGCAGAACGAUUGUCUAUGCAGCGGCGACAGUUAUUACACGAUGCUAUGCAAGAAGAGAAACGCUGAAAAUAGCCUGGAUCGUGUGGUUUUGAAUUCAACGUGUGACGACCACGAGCACGCUGAAAAUGGUGAAUCCCGGGUCUACGUUCCCCCUCAAUUCGACCACGCCUUGGGCAGGAUUCAGGUUGUGUCCGCUAACUCACCGCGGCCAAUGAUUCAACUGUGUCAUCCGGAUGCCAACGCGAAAGGUUGCCUGUCGUUACACUUCGAAAGGUCUUUACGUAUUAGCAGCGGAUAUACAAAGCUCAAAUGCGUCCUUCUUGAUGUGGAAAAUAUCUAUUGUUUACUGCUGAAAUGCGAGGAACUGCUGAAGAUGGCUGUUCAGCAGCAUGACACAAUUAAGUCUCGAGACAAGAUGCUUCACCAGCUGGUGCAGUAUUUUCAAAAUCCUGAUGUGUUUUCUGUCGUGAUGUCGAUCGCCAAAGCUAAACGACUGCUUGGUCGCGCAAUUCUGCUGCUGAGUGAUACUUCAGAUCUCCUCGAUUUGUUAUGCCAUUUUCUGAGAAACUUGGAAAUUUUCAACAGGAAGGAUGUAAAUAGCGGGCUUUUUGACGCAGUGUUCGUGCCGCUGUGCAGCAAGAUGCUAAUCGGACUGACCAGUGACUCUAUGUAUUGGCCGGUGGUGCUGCGCGAAAUAAAUGUUCAUUCAUUGAACUCUUGCAUGAAGACUAAGUUCAGCUACGCACUGCUGCUGCUGUGUGCCGUGUGCUCCUCAAGGGCCAACGCACUUGUCGACGACGCUUCCACUGCCCUAACGCUGCAGAAAUGGGCGACGCUGUUCUUCUCUGCGCCCCAGGUGCUGUCACAAAAGGAGUACCAGUGGCUAUCGCGCGAAGACCUUCUCGUAUUAGUCAAUUGGAUAGCGAAGACUAGACUUCUACAGUGCAAUAAAAUAGACGAUCUGCUGUGCAUGUUCAGUACCUACUCUCCAGCUAGUGCCGACUAA